UGUUGAUCACCUCAAAGUAAUGAGUAAACGUUAUAUGUGAUAUGGGCUCACAAAUUAGGUUCCAGCAGAAGCUAGGAGUUUGGCGACAAUCUAUUGGUCAGCCAAUAUAUUACCACUCUGCACGAAUUUCAUUGUGUAAGAAUUGUUGGACUACUAGCAGACACUCAUCCCCAGUGCCUUCUGAAGUUUCGUGCCAUUCCUCCCAAAGAUUAGGGAGAGAUCAUUAUCAUUUGAUAAUUUUUGAAAAGAGGACACAUGAAUGCAAAUCAUAUUUAUGUUACAAUGGAAUCAGAAGGUUUUAUAGAAGCAAGUAGCAGUUCGGCCACCCCCAAACGUAGUGGUAGUAAGCUGAGCCCCUUAACCAACCAGAGAAUUGAAAGAAUGAAGGCUAAAAUCAAUUCUUUGAAGUGCAAAAUAUUUAGGCGUAAAGUUCCCCACUGUUUUUGCAAAGGAAGACCCAUCGAGGCUACCAAUAGAACAAAUAUCUCAAGAUUGAUAUGUGAAUCAAAACGAUACCUUUCCAAAGAUGCUCAUAUUAUUUUUGCUAAUGAGUUGAAAGCAAACUUUGUUAAUAAAUUCAACAGAAGAUAUGAUGAUGACUUGAAAGAAAUGUGCUUGUUAUGGUAUUAUGCUUCACCAAAGGGUUAUAAAGCAUUAUCCAAAUCACUCAACUUACCCACUGUUAGGAGUUUGAGAAAUUGGCAGGCGAAGCUUAAAAUUUCUCCUGGUAUAAGUCCAGCCAUAGAGGAAUCGCUCAAAAUUCAUUUUAAAAAUUGCAGACCAAAAAAGAAAAAUUUGCAUAUUGAUUUUUGACGAAAUUUCUCUUAGUGAAGAGAUUCAUUAUAAUAGGGCGACAAAUAAAGUAAUUGGAGUUGUUGAUACUGGCAACAUAAGGAGAAAUGAGAAGGCUACGUCUGCACUUGUCUGUAAGGGGCAUCGUUUAUAAUU